UUUCGAAUGUAUGGAUCAUGGCUUCUAUAACUCGUAAUUCUGUUUCCCAAAUUUUAAAGAUUUUAUUAAUUUAUUUCACUCUUUGCCAAGGUCAAGCAAAUCUCAACGAUAAUGAUCAAAUGCCAGCUUUAUACAAAUUUGACGAUUAUGAUGACUGUGUUGAUCGUGCUACUACUGAACCAUCCUACCCUGCAAAAUAUUGCUUGGUCUAUGUACAACUACAGCCGAAUAACGACUCCUCAGUAUGGCAACAAAUUGACUUGUUAAGUUCACAUAAAUAUAACUAUCGCCAUGAUCAUAUCUUUCGAGGAGUUUGUCUGGAGAAAUGUAAAGAUUUUCUUGAGAAUAAUGUAAAUGAUAAUGAAUCACAAAAUGGCCUAUUAAUUAAUGAGAAUACAGAAAUUUUUGAAUCAUUCCACUAUACGCCACUGGAUCAUAUUAUGCGUCAUCAGUAUCACAAUAAUAUUCAUGAAUGUGUUAAUCAGGAAUAUAUGGAGAAGUAUAAUUUGAGUACAAAGAUAUUUGUUAACUAUUGUGUGCAUCCAGAAAUACAUCGGACCAAAGAUAUAUAUUAUUAUUUAACCAUACUCCUGAUUACUGUCAUCAUACUACUCAAUAUAUUCUCCACCAUAUAUGAUGCAAAAAUUAAGUCUCAACAAUUAAAACCAGAUGAAAAACUUAAAUAUUAUGAAGUCAAACAUAGUGAUAAAGUCAACAGAUACCUCACCGCAUUUUCUUUAUAUCGCAACUACAAACGUUUGGUGGUUCCGAAUCAAAGUGACAUUGGUAUUGAUCUGGCCUUUCUCGAUGGUUUUCGUACAGUUUUGUGUUUUUUAAUCGUACUCGAACAUUCGUUACUCGUACAGUUUGCCCAUCUUAAAAAUCCCGAAUUCACAGAACUUCUUUGGGAUCGUUUACAGACAAAAUUGCUACUCCAUGCUUUGGUGUGGUUGGAAUUGUUUUUCGUUUUAAGUGGUCUCUUGCUAUAUGUUAAAUUUGAAAAGGGUCAAUAUAUCACGCCUAAAUCAUCGUUUUCCGAUUGUGUUCAGGUUUUUGUACGUCUGUUAGUGUCACGUUAUUUAAGAUAUCUUCCGUCUUUAAUUUUUAUAAUAAUAUUUACUGGUAAUAUAAAUUAUUAUUAUGAAGAUGGUACAUUUGCAAGAUUUGUCUUGGAUCCCAAUUGUAUAGCUUGCAGGGAAACUUGGUGGCAAAAUCUUUUAAUGAUUAAUAAUUACGAUAUGAAAAGUUCGUGUCUAAUGCAUACCUGGUAUAUAGCAGCUGAUUUUCAACUAUACGGCCUUUUUCUACUCAUACUAAUUAUAAUGGCAAAAUAUCCCAAGUCCAAAGUAUUAAUAUUGGCUGGAGUGGCGUUUAUAGCUGCAGCUAUUAAUUUCGGUGUUAAUUAUAUACUUAAAUUGGAUUCGAUAUUUCUGCUGCAUCCAGAAUCCUAUCGUUAUUUCUAUUUUAAGGAUAUAGAAACUGCCAAACAUAUAUAUUUUUCAUCCUAUACUAAUAUCAACUCCUUCCUAGUGGGCAUCGUUUGUGGUCUUAUCUAUAUGAAAUAUCUACGUAAAAAUCCCGAAAAUAAAUCAUAUUUAAGUCGAAUUUUAAAAAUUUCACCCUACAUUGGUUGGCCUUGCAUACUGGCGAUAUUGUAUUUGGGUACCACAAUAAUGGGACAUACCGAGACCACAAUAUGGACAGCAGCAUAUGGUUUGCUGCAACGUCAUGUGGGCUUAACAAUUGUGGCGAUUAUAGUAAUUUUGAGAGGCUUUUGUAAUGGUGGAGGCAUUUUCAAAACUAAACCUUUUCGCAUAUUGGCGCGUUUAUCGUACCAGGUUUAUUUGUGGCAAAUAGUUGUUGUGAUGAAUAAGUUGGCCUAUUCUAAGGAACCGCUUUACGUCAAUGAUUUAAUAAUUUACAUGUCCAGUAUAUUACUAUUUGUUUCUUCCAAUAUUAUUGCCUUUGUGGUGGCCUUAUCUGUCGAAUAUCCAUUUGCUGAAAUUAUUAGUAUAAUUGAUAUUGAAAGUAAAAAAAAUCAAACCUAUUAAAACUUCUUAGAGUCAGAGAGCUAUUCCAAGCUUAUCAUUAAUGUAUUAAGCCAAAAAGUCUAUAAUAUAGUACAACUUAAGAGUAAUGCAUUAAUUGUAACUGUAUAAAAAAAUAAAAUUAAUAUUUUUUUAAUUAUAACCAAGCAGCACAUUUAUUAC